GGCGUAGCCUGUUGCUCCUGAGGUGGGGGGGCUCGCGAUGGCGCCCACUAUCCAGACUCAGGCGCAGCGGGAAGAGCCCGGGCACAGGCCCAACUCCCACCGGACGCUUCCUGAGAGGUCGGGGGUGGUCUGCCGUGUCAAGUAUUGCAACAGUCUCCCCGAUAUCCCCUUUGACCCCAAGUUCAUCACAUACCCAUUCGACCAGAACAGGUUUGUACAGUACAAAGCCACCUCUCUCGAGAAGCAGCACAAACAUGACCUCCUGACUGAGCCUGACCUGGGGGUCACCAUAGAUCUAAUCAACCCCGAUACAUAUCGCAUCGACCCAAACGUUCUUCUAGAUCCUGCCGACGAGAAGUUGCUGGAGGAGGAGAUCCAAGCGCCAACCAGUUCCAAGAGAUCCCAGCAGCAUGCCAAAGUGGUGCCAUGGAUGAGGAAGACCGAAUACAUCUCCACAGAGUUCAACCGCUACGGCGUCUCCAAUGAGAAGCCAGAGGUUAAGAUUGGCGUGUCCGUCAAACAACAGUUCACAGAGGAGGAGAUCUACAAGGACAGAGAUAGCCAGAUUGCGGCCAUCGAGAAGACCUUCGAGGAUGCUCAGAAGUCGAUUGCUCAGCACUACAGCAAGCCUCGGGUCACGCCUGUGGAGGUUAUGCCCGUCUUCCCUGACUUCAAGAUGUGGAUCAAUCCCUGCGCCCAGGUCAUCUUCGACUCUGACCCGGCGCCCAAGGACACCAGUGGGUCGGCCGCCCUCGAGAUGAUGUCCCAGGCCAUGAUCAGGGGAAUGAUGGACGAGGAAGGGAACCAGUUUGUGGCCUACUUCCUCCCUGUGGACGACACGAUGCGGAAACGCAAACGGGACCAAGACGAAGAGAUGGACUACGCUCCCGAGGACGUGUACGAGUACAAGAUCGCCCGAGAAUACAACUGGAACGUCAAGAACAAAGCCAGCAAGGGCUACGAGGAAAACUACUUCUUCAUCUUCCGGGAGGGAGACGGGGUCUAUUACAACGAACUGGAGACCAGAGUGCGGCUGAGCAAACGGCGAGCCAAGGCCGGGGUGCAGUCGGGAACCAACGCCGUUCUGGUGGUGAAGCACCGAGAUAUGAACGAGAAGGAGCUGGAGGCGCAGGAAGCCCGCAAAGCCCAGCUGGAGAACCACGAGCCGGAAGAGGAGGAGGAGGAGGAGAUGGACCUGGGCAAAGAGGCCCAGGGCUCAGACGAGGAGCCGGAGAAAGGCAGCGAGAGCGAGAAGGAGGCCAGCGAGGCGGAGGAGGGCGAGGACGAGGAGGAAGGUCGCUCGGCCAGCGAGAGCGAGCGGGAGGCCAGCGAAGGCGAGGGGGCUCCGGCCGAGGAGAGCGAGGAGGACGAGCGGGCGGCCCGGGACAAGGAGGAGAUCUUUGGCAGCGACGACGACGAGGAGGAGGAGGACUCGGAGCAGGAGGGGGGACAGCGGGACGAAGGGGAGAGCGGCAGCGAGGAGGAGGAGGAAGACGAGGAGGAGGACGACGAGGAAGGGGGCGGGCGGCGCCAGCAGCGUCGAGGCAGCAGCCAGAGCCCCCUCCACAGCGGCAGCGAGGAACACUCCAACCACGAGGACGAGGAGGAAGAGGAAGGGGAGGCCAGUGCCAGCGAGGCCCCGUCCGAGUCCAGCGAGCAGGGAAGCGACAGCGACUGAGGAGGGCCUGCAGGGCCUUUCAGAAGUCGACUUCGCCCCUCUCCUGCGGGGAG